AUGGAUGCUGGAUCUGUUGGAAGCAUCCUAUCAUGGGUCGAGGGACUUCUCUUGAAGGUCUUACAGCUUCUGGUGUGGCUUCUGGAGAGGUUUCUGAUUGAAGAUCGAAGCCAAGAUUCCGAUUACCGAUAUCACCAAAAUUGGAGCAGUGGUGGUAGCAGCGGUGGUAGCAGCGAUAAUGAGGACCAGGGAAAGAGGGCUCUCCAGGAAGCAAUGAAGCUGUUUGGGAUUGAUUCGCUGGAUGACAACGAUGUCACUAAAGGCUCUUUACGCAAAAUAUGGAUGCGCUUGAACCUCACUUAUCACCCAGACAAAAACAACAACAGCCCAGAUUCUAUCGAGAAAACACAGCAGAUCAAUGAAGCCUACGAGAGGCUUUGGCAAGAGUUAGACAAACGAGAUGGGGUUGACGGAGCUGACGAUGGCAACGAGGCAAGUACCCCGGAUCAUCAGCAAGAAGAUAGGCCCAUCUCUAAACAAGAACGCAAACGCCAGAAAAAGGAGAGGCAGAAAGCUAGACAACAUGCCAAGCGCCAACAGCAGGAAGAAUGGGAACGGCGAAGAGAAGCCUGGGAGGCAGAACUAACACGAGUGCAGGAAGAGAUGGAACGAAAAGCUAAGGAAUACAAAAAGAAGGAAAACCAUCGAAAGAAGGAGCGCCGGAUGAAUGAAAAGAAAGCAAAAGAGUUGGGAUUAGAGAAUCCAGGGAGAAGGGUGGAAACCUUCCAUCGAUGGGUGGGGGACGCGAUUGCUUUAUUGAAAAGUCCUAUAGACUCCAGUGACUGCCCAUCCAAGUACUACGUCAUGGAGCUCUGCAACCACCCUAUUGCGGAAGCUUUGAGGACUGAUGAAACCGAUAUUGCAAUUGAGUUGGUACACGAGACUAUUUGUGACGCGAUCUACUACUGGGCUGCCAAGGUGGUUCAAGAAGAGUGUUUUGAGAUUGAUUCAAAGAUGAAGGAUUUUGUCCUAUCAGAGGCUCUCCUCCUGUCUCUGGAUGAAGACGGAAACAGCCUGAUCCACUACGCUGUCUACUUUGGGAACAAUGACAUGCUUUCCUACUUGGCGCAGAAGGCAAGGAAACGGGAUCGACUACAAGGAUUGCUUGCUUCGAGUAAUGUGCACGGGUUGGCGGCCAGUGAUUUUGCUCUCUUGAGAGGGAACGAGCGCAUGCAGCGUCACAUGAAGAAGCUUCAGGAAGAAGUGGAGGAACGAAUCCAAAGCUCCAAGCUCUUGCCAACCAUCAAGCGGUACAUGGCAACGUUGGGAAAGGCGCCUAGCAUGGCUCCAGCAAUGGUUUCCCUCUUCGGAAUUUCGUUGGGGAUGAUUGCGUUCGAAACAGGCUGGAUUAUGACUUUUGCCAUUCUUGGAUUCGUCAUGAAGGAGAAACAGUCGGUAAGGCAAGGGAUCCUUUCAGAUCCAGGGGCCUUUCCAAGAGAACUGUUGUCAUUCCACCUGUAUUGGUUGUUGGUCAAGAAGAUCCACCAAGGAAUUGCCGCAGUAUCCGAGUUCUAUUAUCUGUCCAUUCCGUUUGUGUUUAUCUUGUGGCUUUUUACACCGCCAAAAUAUGCCAGCCUUCCCUUUCACAUUUCCAAUUUUGCACAUGGUUGGACCGCCCGUGUCGUUGACACCGUUCCACUUCCCACAAACGUGUUAUCGCCAAUGCCAAGGGCAUUGUGCUGGAUGCUGAUACAUACUUGUGUGCUCUUGGCUGUCAAGGCCCAGUUUGCAAUGGCUUUGGAUACACUUGAUGUUUCUGGCUUUCAUCAUCUGGAGCAGCAACCCACGCAUCGAGAGAUGAUGCAAUUGGAGUCCAAACAACAACACGCCAUGGAUGUUUUCAAUGCUUUUCUGAAAGAAGAAGGCGACUUGUGA